AUGUUUUCAGGAUUCGGAACGGGUAUGUUUGGCACGUUGGGGUCGUUUGCGCCUAUGAAUACCAAAUUUGAGGAUUAUUUUCGAUGCUAUCCAGUAGCCAUGAUGCCUGAUAAUAUACGUAAAGACGAUGCCAACUUUGGUGGCAAGAUCUUCUUACCUCCUUCUGCUUUGAAUAAGUUGACCAUGUUACACAUACGAUAUCCAAUGCUUUUCGAGCUUGAAAAUGAAGCCGAAUCAGUAAAAACUCAUAGUGGUGUUUUGGAAUUUGUGGCUGAGGAGGGAAGGGCAUAUCUUCCCCAAUGGAUGAUGGCCACAUUAAAUGUAUCUCCCGGUCUGUUAUUAAAGAUUUCCAACUGUGAUUUACCAUUGGGAAGCUUUGUUAAGAUCGAACCUCAAUCGGUUGACUUUUUGGACAUUUCCGAUCCUAAGGCCGUAUUGGAGAAUGUUUUACGAAAAUUUUCAACAUUGACCGUCAAUGAUAUUAUUGAAAUUAAUUACAACGAUGCCACAUAUGGUAUCAAGGUGCUCGAAGCGAAACCCGAAUCAUCAUCGCAAGGCAUAUGUGUGGUGGAAACCGAUUUACAGACAGAUUUCGCUCCUCCAGUAGGGUAUGUGGAGCCAGAAUAUAAACCGGCAGUCAAAGAACCACAAUCUAAACCAAUAACCCCAAGCUCGGUCAACAGAGGCGUGGGUGCUGGUACCAUGGCCAAUUCCAUAAACUAUGCCAAGAUUGUGGCGGAACAAAGCAACAACACAUUCAAGGGAUCGGGCCAGAAACUCUCUGGAAAACCUUCACAAGAGGCGACCAAGACCAUUUCUAUGGACGAUCUCGAUCCCAAUGCUGCACCAGUCCCAUUGGACUUGCCUUCAAACCAGCUCUUUUUCGGAUUCCCUGUACAGCUUCCUACUCCGUCAUACACACCUGAAAGUACGCCCGAACAACAGCCUACGUUUGGUGGAGUGGGACAAUCUCUCAGGCAAAGCAAAAAGCGCAAAGACUCCAACAAGAACCAUCCACUGUUGAAAAAUCACGAGCGGAGCCCCGAGACGAUCGAGAUCGAUUAA